AUGGAUGACCCAGAGUUGAAUGCUCCUCCCAAGAAUAAUCCAGAGGAGGAGCCAAAGCAGGCAACAAAUAAGGUAUUGAAGCGUACCACAUCAUUCGCUCAAGGCACUAUUGCCACUGCGACCGGCUUCGUCACAGCAGCUUUCUCGGUGCGCAAAGAUGCUCUGUUGCACCGGCACGUCCUGGUGGCCGGCGGUUGCUUCCUGGUGAUUGCAUACCUAUCUGCGCUCCUGCUGGUCUACCUGAAAUUGUUCUUGUCAGGACACAGGCAGCUGCAUAAGGGGCACAUCCGGUUCAUCCAGUUUCUCUGCAUCAUCAGCGGCGCGGCGCUGGUCGCGACGAACUCCUUGCUGCUGCUCCUCAUAAGUGAAGGCAGCAGCUUGUUGUCUCUCAAUCUGCUGCCCAUACAGGGCCUCAUCGGCAUUCUCGCGUACCACGCGACGCCGACGGAGGACAGCAUGCGCGACGAGGCGUUCGAGGCGGGGAUCAAGAGCGGCCGCAAGGUUGCCCUGUUCGCCACCGCGACGGCCUUCGCCGUGCAGACCACGCUCCUCUUCGGCUACCUCAAAAACUCCAGCUUCCGGGCACUGGGCCACCGGUUCGACCUCUCCGUGUCCUUCCUGGCGUCGGCCCUCAGCGUGUUCCUGGUCGUGGCCACCUGCAUGCCGCUUGGGUACAGGACUAGUGCCGCGAGGGACAAGGUGCUGUCCCUCGUGAGGUACCUAAAGGACGCCGUCAUCGCCUUGCUCGCGGUCACCGCGGUGACUAUUGCCAAGGAGUUUCUCGGCGGCGACACCGUGCUCGCGCUCUUCCCGGAGAUCACCAUAGCUGCCAUGUAUUAUGCCGUGAACCUGUUCACUGACGACACUGCAGAGCAGGGCCGAGAUGAGGUCGCUGAGCACAAGAUGGAGAUGUUGCCGACUACCGUCGUCGCCACGUUCGGCUUCGGCAUGCUGGGUGCGGCCUACGCCGCGCUGCUUGGAACUCCGGAGUACGACAUGUACACGAAGGCGCUGGUGUUCACCUUGCUCGCCGCCGUCGUGUCCAGCCUGGGACGGGUGGCGGGGCCACUCUGCAGCCCCCGGCGCGACAAGAACGCGGCGGCGUGCGUGGUGUUCCUGAGCAACAUCCUCCCCAUCGUGGAGAUGCUGGUGGCCGUCCCGCUCGCCGCAAAGGUCGCCAGUAAUGCCCUCCCCGCGUCUUAG